AUGAGACAGACACUGAGACACGGCCGUGAGGGGACAUCAGGACUAACUGUCCUGACCUGUGUGUGUCUCCAGUCUCAUUGGAGGAGGUUUGUCCAGCAGAGGACGUACAGACGGAGACUGCAGUUCCUCUACAGCAACUGGAGAGCAGUUGUCAAGAUUCAGGCGUCUGUGAAGAUGUGGUUGGAGAGCAGAAAGUAUCGAGAUCGACUGAGUUUCUUCAAACGUCACGUUGGUGCUGUGAUAAAGAUCCAGGCUUUCUUCAGAGCCAACCGAGCUCGAGAGGAAUACAGGAUGCUGGUGCACUCGGCCACGCCCCCUCUGUCCGUGGUCAGGAAGUUUGUCCACCUGCUGGACCGCGGCGACGGUGACAUCACCGAGGAGGCGGAGCUUCUGCGUCUGAGGGAGGAAGUCGUCCGGAGUAUCCGCUGCAACCGCCAGCUGGAGGCAGACCUGCACCUGAUGGACCUGAAGAUCGGCCUUCUGGUCCGCAACAGAGCCACGCUGCAGGAAGUGGUGUCUCACUGUAAGAAGCUGACUAAGAAGAACAAGGAGCAGCUGUCGGACAUGAUGGACGUGGAGAGGAGCAAAGGACUGAAAGCUCUGAGCCGAGAGAGGAGAGAGAGACUGGAGGCCUACCAGCACCUGUUCUACCUGCUGCAGACCCAGCCUGUGUACCUGGCCCAGCUGAUCUUCCUGAUGCCUCAGAGUCGCUCCACCAGCUUCAUGGAGAUGUUGGUGUUCAGUCUGUUUAACUACGGCUCAGACAGCAGGGAGGGCUUCCUGCUGCUGCAGCUGUUCACCACCGCACUCACACAGGAGAUCAGGGAGAAGGUGGAGCAGCCUCAGGACGUCGUCACCGGGAACCCCACCGUCAUCAAGAUGCUGGUGAACUUCUACCGCCACGCUCACGGUCAGAACUCCUUGCGGGAGUCCCUGGGUCCGGCUCUGCAGGACGUCCUGCUGGACCGCACGCUCAGCAUCCGGACGGACCCGGUGGACGUCUAUAAAACUUGGAUCAAUCAGACCGAGACGCAGACCGGACACAAAAGCUCUCUGCCCUACGAGGUCUCCCCCGCCGACGCUCUGAGUCACCCUGAAGUCCAGAGACGCAUCGACAUCGCCAUCAUCAACCUCAAGAACCUGACAGACCGCGUCCUCAACGCCAUCACCUCCAACCUGCACAGACUGCCGUACGGGUUGCGCUACACGGCGAAGGUGCUCAGAGACGCUCUGAAAGCAAAGUUUCCUGACGCCAGCGAGGAGGAACUCUAUAAGAUCGUGGGGAACCUGGUCUACUACCGCUACAUGAACCCGGCCGUCGUGGCACCGGACGGCUUUGACGUGGUGGACCGCUCGGCGGGCUCGGCCCUGCAGCCGGAGCAGCGCCAUAUCCUGGGCUCCAUCGCCCGCACGCUGCAGCACGCCGCCGCCAACAAGCACUUCCACGGGGACGGGUACCACGUCAGGGCCCUAAACCAGUACAUCAGCCAGACGCACCGCCGGUUCAGGAAGUUCCUGGGGGGGGUGUGUGACGUCCCUGAACCAGAAGACAGAUUCAACAUGGACGAAUACUCAGAGCUGCUCAUCGUCAACAAGCCGGUCGUCUACAUGUCUGUCAGCGAGCUGCUCAACACACACACAUUGUUGUUGGAUCACCAGGAGGUUUUGUGUCCCGACCCCUCCGAUCCUCUCAGGCUGCUGCUCAACGACCUCGGAUCAGUCCCCAGCCUGCAGGAGCUCACCGGAGACUCGUCCUCGGCAGCAGAUCCAGGAUCUGAGGUUUCUCUCACUCUCACCAACAAGUUUGACAUCUUUAGCGAGUCGGAGGACAAACCAGACGCCAGAGGACUGCUGCUCAGCACAAAGCAGCUGAUCAUCGAUGUGAUCAGGACGCAGUCAGGUGACUCUCUGAGAGACAUUCUCAGAGCCUCUGGGUCACAUGACCAGGAAGCGUGUCAUGAUUGGCUGAUGCGGCGGCGAGCUCAGCAGGACGCUCGCACGCCGAGCAAGAUGAAGAGGAACGAGUCGCUGGUCGCCAACGGCAACCUGAGAUUGGAGGAGAAGAAGAGAAAGAUCCUGAGAUGUCUUCGUCGUCUGGAGGGACUCGGAGUCCUGAGACCCCCCAACGCCGACGACCACAUCCUGCAGAUGAUCGCCAAGGACAUCCGUCAGCAGCGCGUGCACCGCCAGCGGCGGGGGGCGGAGCUUCGGAAGCUGCGUCAGACUCUCCGCUGCCUGCAGGACAAGAGCAGCUUCCACAGCGAGCAGGUGGACUACUACAGACAUUACAUCACUUCCUGUCUGGACCAGCUGGGGCAACGCAGUAAAUCGACCAAUAAGAAGAAGCUUCCUGCUCUGAGCUACAGCGCCGCCCGGCUGCAGGAGAAAGGAGUUCUACUGGAGAUACAGGACCUGCCCCCUGCUCAGUUUAAGAACGUCGUGUUCGACAUCGUCCCCGGAGCGCAGAACGGGACGUUCAACGUCAAAGCUCGAUUCCUCGGCAUCGAGAUGGAAGAGUUCCCGCUCAAAUACCAGGAUCUGCUGCAGCUGCAGUACGAGGGCGUGGCCGUGAUGAAGAUGUUCGAUAAAGCAAAGAUCAACGUCAACCUGCUCAUCUUCCUCCUCAACAAGAAGUUCUUCAAGAAGUGAAGUCUCUGGUUUUAUAUUUACAACAGAGUGACACGUCCUCCUUCUCCUAUCUCUGGUUUAUAUUUACAACAGAGAGACACGUCCUCCUUCUCCUAUCUCUGGUUUAUAUUUACAACAGAGUGACACGUCCUCCUUCUCCUAUCUCUGGUUUAUAUUUACAACAGAGUGAUACAUCCUCCUCUCCUAUCUCUUUUUUAUAUUUACAACAGAGUGACACGUCCUCCUAUCUCUGGUUUAUAUCCUACAUCAUGUUUUUAUAUUUUCAACAGAGUGACACGUCCUCCUACUCCUAUCUCUGUUUUAUAUUUACAACAGAGUGAUACAUCCUCCUCUCCUAUCUCUUUUUUAUAU